GCGAGAGCUCCCCGGGCCGGCCGCGAGAAGUGGGGCUCAGGUGUAAGAGGAGUGCGUCCCGUCUGCGCGCGGGGCUAGAGCUCUCGGAGAAGCGGGACCGCGAGGCCGGCGCGCGGCACUCUGCGCGGUCACAGGGAGCGCCGGGCGACAGGAGGAGCAGCAGGAGCCCGCGGCGCGGACGCCACCGUCCGCGGCUGCCACCUCGGAAGGGAGGCCGGGGGCCGGCGUGCGCACUUUCCCGCGGACUUUCGGAGUUUGUGGAUUUACAUGCCAAGCGGUCAAGAUGAUGUCCAUGAACAGCAAGCAGCCCCACUUUGCCAUGCAUCCCACCCUCCCUGAGCACAAGUACCCGUCGCUGCACUCCAGCUCCGAGGCCAUCCGGCGGGCCUGCCUGCCCACGCCGCCGCUGCAGAGCAACCUCUUCGCCAGCCUGGAUGAAACGCUGCUGGCCCGGGCCGAGGCGCUGGCGGCUGUGGACAUCGCGGUGUCCCAGGGCAAGAGCCACCCUUUCAAGCCGGACGCCACGUACCACACGAUGAACAGCGUGCCCUGCACGUCCACGUCCACCGUGCCUCUGGCGCACCACCACCACCACCACCAUCACCACCAGGCGCUGGAGCCCGGCGACCUGCUGGACCACAUCUCAUCGCCGUCGCUCGCGCUCAUGGCCGGCGCUGGGGGCGCGGGCGCGGUGGCGGCAGCGUCGGCGGCGGCGGCCGUGGUGGGCGCGGCAGGCCUGGCAUCCAUCUGCGACUCGGACACGGACCCGCGCGAGCUCGAGGCGUUCGCCGAGCGCUUCAAGCAGCGGCGCAUCAAGCUAGGCGUGACGCAGGCCGACGUGGGCUCGGCGCUGGCCAACCUCAAGAUCCCCGGCGUGGGUUCGCUCAGCCAGAGCACCAUCUGCAGGUUCGAGUCGCUCACGCUUUCGCACAACAACAUGAUCGCGCUCAAGCCCAUCCUGCAGGCAUGGCUGGAGGAGGCCGAGGGCGCGCAGCGCGAGAAAAUGAACAAGCCGGAGCUCUUCAACGGCGGCGAGAAGAAGCGCAAGCGGACUUCCAUCGCCGCGCCCGAGAAGCGCUCCCUUGAGGCCUACUUCGCCGUGCAGCCCCGGCCGUCCUCGGAGAAGAUCGCCGCCAUCGCUGAGAAACUGGACCUCAAAAAGAACGUGGUGCGGGUGUGGUUUUGCAACCAGAGACAGAAGCAGAAGCGGAUGAAAUUCUCAGCCACUUACUGAGGGAGGCGGGAGGUGCCCGGCGGGCCAGAGCGGGAGCUGAGGGGGCUUUUCAGGGGGCUUUUCCUCUGGCCUGCUUCCUCUGCCCUUUGGAGUGUCUGUUGUCCUGCCUUCGUUUGGAAAGUCUUCUUCCUGUGCCCCACUCUGCUCUCCCUGCCCUUACUGUCCCCAGUCUCCUGGCCUAGAGCACAGGGGUGCUGGAAGUGGAGAAAGGAGUGGGUGGUAGGGGAAAAGGGGGAGCAUCUAGGUGAGUGGGGAGUGGGGGGAAAGAUCUGAGAGUGGACUGGGGUUUUGAGGAGCAGGAUGGUUCUGGGGGUUAGGGUGGGGGGAUAUGUGGGAAGGGUUGGGAAAUGGACUGUUUUUGACCAGAGACAUUUAUCAGAAUCUCUUGGGGACCAAGGAACUAUGUACAAAAUCAAACCCACCAACCACCAAAAACUAGACAAAUAAAGACAAGAAAACAAGAGCAAAGAAAAAUUCUUUAGAUUUAACUUUGGGGAGCCGUAAUCUGCAGCUUCAUUUACCUGCCCCCAUGGAAGAGAGAAAAGAGCACUACCUUGAUUUCCACCGCCCCAACCCUACACCCAUGAACUGAGUCAGAAACCAAAUUAACCUGAAAGUGAAAUUCUGGAUAGUGAAGCUAGUUCUCUUUUUGCGUGUUUAAAAUUUCCCUCAAAAUCUCACUUCCACUUCAUCCACAUCUUCCUUGAUUUAUUUUCCACAUUCCAAUGGGACUCCAGUGGCUGUGCACCACAGUGGCUGUGCUCCACAGUGGCUGUGCUGGGCAGUGAGUGUGGACACAGCUUGGAGUCCUUGGGGUUGGGAGGUGGGCCAUGGGCCGCCAGGUUAGGUGGAACCUAAGUUCUCCAGUGGCCCAGUAGCUACAGUCCUGAGGCCUGGUCUGGGUCUUUAUGAAGUGAGAGUCUUUGAGCUGUUUAAAGGGAAGAAUUGAGGGUCUCUGAGAUAAAUAUUUUAUUCUAAGAAAAAUAAAGCAAUUAUAGCAAGAUUGUUUUCUCAUGUCUAAUUACAGUAUUUAGAAAAUGGACUAUUUUUAAAUAAGCCUCCACCCUCUUACAGGGCGUUGCCUUAGCUUGCGCUUUAUUUUUCAGAGAGUGGCUUCUUUCACACUAUUUAUUGGGUUUUUUCCCCCCUAUAGACUCAAAUAUAUUGAUGGGUUGGAAGACAUUAGGAGAGAUAUAUCCUUCCGUUUUCCAUCUUCUCCACUGAAUAAGACUCAUCUUGCUCUUCUAGGUCCCCUUUCCUCUUCUCUUGGAAAACCUGGAGUCAUUGAAAUGUUGAGAAGUUUCUACUUUCAGUUGGGGCAGGACUUGGCUGUGAGAAAAUCACCUAAAUCCCGGAAGAGAGGAAGACAGAUUUAAAGGCCCUCCCCCUACUCCAUUUAUUUCAAAGAGGUCUGCAUGUUCCCUUGGGGAAGGCAGAACAACUGUUUCUUUUUUGUUGCUAUUAUUAUUCAAGAGUUAUUUAUUACUGGGGAUAAAUAUUGAGUAGCAAGUACUUUAAUUUGCACUAUCAGUUUCCCAAAUAGAAAAUCAUGUAUAGUGUUUCAUAAUAAUAAUCAAGUUAACCUUAUAAGCUGCUGAUGGAUCAAAAAAGAGACAGUUAAAGGUGAUUAGGUAAAAUGCCUGCUUUGUGUACAAGAUACUCUUUGGAUCUCAUGUGGAGGUGGUUUAUUACCAUCAUUUAACUGUAACUAAAAAAUUAAUACAAAACAAAUGGGAAAAGAAAAAACCUUGCUGUUUAACAAGACUGAUACCAUGCAUGACCUGGAAGGUGCAGAAAGAAACACAAUUAGGUCUCACUCUGGAUAGGCAUUAUUUAAUUACGUUGUAUAUCAUUGUUUGCAGCGCAAACAUUCUAUGCAUUUGAAACUGAGCACUAAUCUGGGCUAGCUUUCUGGUAGACCGUUUUUUUGUGGAUAGUGUGAUUUCACAGUCUACUGCCUGUGUCCACUGAAAACCCAACAUUCGUGUCAUAUUCUUGUAUUUAGAGGGAAAAGAAAAAAAGGAAGAUUAUUGUAAAUAUUUUAUUUAAUGCACACAUUCACACAGUGGUUACAAACUGCCAGUGUUAAUCCUGAAAUGUCUCACGGAUUGAUCUACCUGUCCAUGUGUAUCUACUGAGCUUUCUCCUUGGUUAUGUCUCCUCUCUAUUACUUUCCUCCUCCCGCACUUCUAUCAGAAUCAUUUCUGUGCACCAAAAUACAAGAGGGGAAUAUGUCCCAGUACACUUACAAAUAAAACAUAACUGAAAGAGCAGUUUUAUGAUUUGGGUCCAUUUUUGUGUUUAUAUCGGGCCAAGUCCUGGUAGAGUGGUUCAACAAAUGAGGACACUUCAACCAGAUAACCUAACCAAACAAAAAUAAAACAAAAAAAAAGGGGGUAGAUAGGGAGGAUGUGAAAGGGGGAUUUAAAAAAAGUAAGAUUUUUUUUGCUUAAUUAGAAUUCACUUUUAGAUAACUCAUGAAAAGUGGUGCUCUGAAUAAAAUGAAUUCUAUAUUGUGUUUAUCAAAGUUUUUUUUAAAUUGCAAACACUCUUAAACUACAGCACUCCAUCAGAGUUGGUGGAUAAUAACCAGGUACCCGAAAAAUAUUUGAGGGUCAGGGACAGUGACAUUUAGGGGUUUGUAUGUGCUGUUCUAGCCUAAAAACAUUUCUAAAAAUGUUGUAACUAAAUUGCUUUUCUUUGAGGGUUAAUAAAUUUAAAACCGUCUACUGACCUGUCCGGAUACCUUGUCAAAAGCUUCUGUUCAUUUAGAACACUCAGUGUGCUACCUAUUGCUCCACGAUGAUGAUCGCAGAGUCUCUGUUUCUUGGUGCCCUGGGACUAGAUCAGAUGCCAAAUGUACAAAGUUUCAUACUAGCUGGGAUUAUAUCUUCUGAAGGCAUCCUAUUUUAGCUAAAUCUCUUUAAUUUCACCGGGAAAUCUGUGAAACAAAACACUUGAUGUUCAAAAAAGAAUAGUACACUUUAAAACCUGUGAUUUUAAACAGUUGUUAAUGUUUAAAAAGCACUAGAUCUUUUUAAAAAUAGAUCUCUUCAUCAAAAUUGAUUUGUUUCUGUUGUCAUUGACUUG